UUAAGUAACCACCGAAAUUGUUUUGGAAAAAUAAAGACAUAUCAAAUAAAGGCUUACGUAUAUACAUACUUAACUAAAAUGCAUUUGAUAGAGCUUCAUAACAACAAUUUAUGUAAGUGUUUCCUGACACAAAUGAGAAUCGAUUAAAGUGUGAUUAUUUUUAGUAGCAGAAAGCGGUACGAACAUUGGCGUUUGAAGCACAGCUGCAGAUUUUGGAUUUAUUUACAAUUUUUUUAUGAAUAUUGGUUGAUUGUCAGUUAUUGUGUAUGUAUGUUUGUGAAAUGUGCGAAAAAAUACAAGUCAUACCCAGAAUUAAGCCACAAAUUAAAAUACAUAGUAUAGUAAGUGUACCGUGCAACAAAUUUGGAGGCACGGCCAGAGCGACAACAAACAAAAAACCAUAACGAGCAAGCAGCCAAAUGCCAUAAUGAAAGAGUUAUAAAUAAUAGAUGUAAAACAAAAAACAAACAAAAUAAGAAUAAGAGUGGGCAUGAAAACUUUGUAGACGAAAAUUUGGCUUGAAGCGCUUUUUUGCAGCUCAACACGAUCACAACGCCGAUCGAGUCCCAUAAACCAGCCCAAAAACUCACUCAUUGCUUCGGAGCGGAUGGCGGAUGGCGGCGCGGACCGAAAAAGCAGUAAGCCGAAAACAGCAGGCCGCAAAUAGUCAGCAAUAAAUAGUGAUCAGCGAUCGGUAGGCACAAAGCAGCAAUGAAUAGGCAGCAACAACGGCGGCACUAGUAGUUCGGGCAGUACUUCAUCUAAACGGGCUGACUCACAACCGGAGGCCGAUGUUGCUGCCGCUGUUGCCGCUGCUGUUGCUGUUGCGCCGUUGCCUUUGGCUCACGGUUACUGCUGUUGUUGGCAAUGUGUUGGCGCUUUUGUAAUGGUGUUGGUGAAGUGGCAACAUCCGCACAGAGUUGGUGAAUCUGUGUAUUGUUAAGCGCAGCAAAUUUUCAAGUGGUGAGUUCAGUUCGUGCUUGGCAGUCGAUUGGAUUUGAGCGUUUGAACGGAGACUUUUGCAACUACAAUUUGUGCGAAGCAAACAAUAGUAAUAAUAAUAAAAAAAAAAUAAACAAUUGAACGCGCGUUUUUACAAGUUUAGCCUAGAAACGGUUUAGUGUGCCGAAAAGCUGUUUGAAAAAUACUGUGUGCCUAAAUUACUUAAUUUUAGAUAUACAUACAUAUAAGCAACCUAACAGCCUAAAACAAUUCAAAUUAAUAUCGUAAAAAUUGUCGCCCAUUGUAAGACACGAAAAACAAAAGCAAAAACACGCAGUGCUACCCACAACUUUUAUUUUUACGAGGCACAAACAAUUCACAGCGCAACAGCAGCAACAACAACGUGUGUGCAAACGCAAACAAGUGAAAUAUAGCGAAACCUGUUCUCAUUGCAACUACUGCGCAUGCGCAACGCUUCUGUAAUUGACGGCAACAACUACAACAAUUGCGUCGACGCCAGCAACAACCUCAACCAACAUUCGCGUCACCUCGCAUAUCGCGGCCCGUCAUCGCGUUUAUUUUUGUUGUAGUGUUUUUUCUCUUUUUCUCCAAUAAUAAUCACCACAUGUGAAUGUGAUUUUCGCGCACGUGUAUAUGUACGUAUGUGUAUGAGUGUGUGUGCACCCAUGUGAAUUUGUGGAAUUGUCCUACCGCAACAACACAAGUCGCCAACACUCACUGCAUGUGAUUGCUUGUGACAACAGCAAAUAGCAACAACAAUAAUUGCAGUGCAAUAACAACAGCAACAAGAUAUCACGACGUUUGGCCACAACAACCACACGCCGCGACCACAGCCCGAGCAUUACAUAACUUUCAAGUUGUUCACUUAUUGUUGUUAUUGCUUGCUGCUUUUUUUUCAAUUUUAUCUCUCAUUGUGUUCACUCUAGUGUCUACUUGAAUUUGUCACUCCUUCGAUAAUUGUGUCACAUUAACCCAAUUCUCGGGCUUUCUUCACACACAUACAGAGACACACACGUUAAAUUGACGCUUGUUUUAUUGCAUUGGAUUGAUUUGAGCGUUGUGCUCCAUUUGUGGUCGAUUAAUUUGUUAAAUUGUUUACAUUUAUUUACACCGUUAUUUAUCGUUGGCGUUUUUGUGGCGUUCAGCUUUAUUGGCAUUUGUUUUGAAGGCGUUUGGAAAACUAGUUGCAGUGACAAUGCUGAAAAUGUACAAAGCAACGGCGAUACUAUUGAUCCUCUUCGGAUAUCUGCUCAUCACAGAUUGCAGUGAAACAACACGCACAAAGCGGGCCAAACGACCACGUGCCCCAGAACCGGUGAACUUCGAACCGGAACCACAACAAGAUUUAGAAAAUGAAGAGAGCGGCAGUCAAGAGAAGGAUAUACCUGAAAUACCGACGAAUUUCCUAAGUCCUUCUGUCAGAGAAUAUCUUGAAUUGGGCAAAUCGAUACCUGGCCGUCCCGGUGUCGACUAUCCCAUACUCUCAGCGAUUCCAUACACAAAUUUCUAUUGCGAUGAGCAGCCAUAUCCUGGAUUUUUCGCCGACAUGGAAACCAGGUGUCAAGGCUGGCAUUAUUGCGACAUUGAUGGUCGACAAGCGUCCUUCUUGUGCCCAAAUGGCACACAAUUUUCACAAGCCGUCUUCGUGUGCGACUGGUGGUUCAACGUCCGCUGUGAUCUGUCGCCACGUCUUUACGCCAUCAAUGCACGACUCUACCAACGCCCCAAGGUGAAUCCGACACGACCACAUCGCAUCAUUACAAAAGAGCUGGUCGAUGACAUCUUCAAUUAAGCGAUACCGGGUGACGCAAAGAUAGUAGAAAAAAGGAGUUCGAAAGAGACAAACGGACAAUGAAGUAGUAGAGAGAGAGGUAGAAAGUGGGAGAGAAGGAUGGAUAUUUGAGAAGAAAUAGAGAGAAAGAGAAAAAGAGAAGGUGAAGGAGAAAGGAAAAUGAGAAGAACAAAGAGAGAGAAAAGAUGAUGGAGAAAGAGAGGGAUGGACAUAGAGAAAAAGAGAAAGAGGGAGAGCGAAGAGAAGUAGGGGGAGAGAGAGUGAAAAGAAGAGAUUGAGGGAGAAAUAGAUAGAAAAAGAAGAAAUGAAGACAGAGAAAUGCAGAAGAAGAGAAAAGAAGAAAUGCAGAAAGAGAGAAAAGUAGAAAGAGAGAAAAGUAGAAAUAGAGAGAGAGGGAGAUGGAGAUGGAAAAAGAGAAGGAAAGGAGAAUGAGAAAAAGGUCAAAUAGAGAGAGAGAGAGAGAGAAAGAAGGAGAAAGGGAUAAAAGGAGAAACAGAGAGAGAGAGAGAAAAGGAGCAAAUGAGAGUAAAAUGUGUGGAAACAGAUGAAAAACCACAGUGGGGCAGCGCUUUAGCGUAUAUUUGUGGGCUAUGAGGGUUAUUUGAGUUUAAAAAAUUUCGAUUUCAAGUAUUGAGUGACAAAAUAUCCAACGGUGCAUAGUAUUAAAAUGAAACUCGAAAAUGUUGCAAUCCUAAUUCGGUGCAAUCGUGAGAAGUGCAGUUACAAAAUAUGCUAAGAAUAUAUUUUAAGGCCACCAAGUGUAUAUUUAGUGCUCUAAUCAUAAACCGGAACUAUAAAUAUGUAAAGGAGUGUUACAUAAACUAUUUUUUAGUAAAUAAAUUAGUAUUGAUCUAUAUACUUUUUAAUGUAAAAUAUUAUAAAACCAAUAAUUUAGCAUAAAAGUGUGUAAUAUAAAAAGGUAAUUUUAGUUUUUUAGGUUAAUAUUACAAGCAAAAAAAUAUUUAAUUUUAUUUUUAGUGAAUUUGUAUAUAGUUAUAUAGCAAUAUAAUCAAUGUGUCUUCCAUCGCGGUCAACUGCUUGCAUUAACAUGCAGAUACAUAAUAUUGUGUGUAUAAAUAUUUAGUAUUUAUAUACUUUAACUUUAAAUGCACUAUUAUCUAUGUAAACACGCCACUCCUUUCUCUUUUCAUUAAUUUUGUCACUUUGUAGUUUCAUUGCAUUUA